AUGGCUUCCUCAGUUCCCGGAAACAGAUCCUUGCCCGACUCGGCGUAUGACCUUGACACCUACUGGGGUCGAGUCAAGCACUGCGCCGAGGUCUCAGACCCUCGAAUGCUGCUCAACACUCCUUCGGAUAUCAACCGGGCCAAGAAGCUGAUUGCUGAAUGGAAGAAUGGAGAUGGGCCUAUGACUCCCACUCUGUGGACCGCCAAAAGAGUUCUGGACUCCACUCUUCACCCUGAUAACGGAGAGCCCGUCAUGCUACCCUUCCGAAUGUCUUCCUACGUUCUGUCUAACCUGGUGGUCACUGUGGGUAUGCUGACCCCUAACCUAGGAACUGCUGGAACCCUGUUCUGGCAGAUUGCUAAUCAGUCGCUCAACGUGGCCGUCAACACUGCCAACGCCAACAAGAGUACCCCUCUGACCACCAAGCAGCUCAUCACAUCUUACUUCAUGGCCGUCACCGCCUCUUGUUCGGUCGCACUGGGUCUUAAUGCUCUGGUUCCUCGACUCAAGGUUUCUCCUUCCGUCCGACUUGUGCUCGGACGACUGGUGCCCUUCGCUGCUGUUGUCUCGGCCGGUGUUGUCAACGUCUUCCUUAUGCGAAGUGAGGAGCUGCGACGAGGUAUUGCUGUCUAUAACCCCGAGAACAACGAGAAAGUUGGAGACUCUAAGAAGGCUGCCUUCUACGCAGUCGGAGAGACCGCUUUGUCUCGAGUUAUUAACGCUGCUCCCGUCAUGGCCGUUCCUCCUCUCAUUCUGGUCAAGCUGCAGAAGACCAAGUUCAUGCGAACACGCGGAAAAUUCACCGAGGCUGCCGUUAACCUGGGUCUUAUCUCCCUUGUGUCCUUCUCAGCUCUGCCUUUUGCUCUGGCAAUCUUUCCCCAGAAGCGAUUCAUUUCCACCAAAAAGCUGGAGCCCGAGUUCCAGAAGCUGCCCGAGAACAGACUUUGGUUCAACCGAGGCAUGUAA